AUGGCAUCCAAGCAAAAUGCCGACGCACCAUUAGCGCUCGACGAGAUCGUACCGACCAAGGACAUCUACUGCCGCUGGGCGACGAGGGCCGACAUACCGGCCAUCGCAAAAAUCCUCAUGACUAACUUUUUGACAUUCGAAUUCCACGACCACUUUUGUCCAAGACGGACAGAACGCCAGGAAGAGUUCUACCUUUUCGUGCUGGCUCGAGUGCGGAUGUUCUUCGUUAGGCCAUCAAUCCGGAUGAUGGUUGCAGAGAAAUUAGACGUCGGCGUUACAGGACAGAAAGCAGAAAUCCUUGGGUUCGCUGCAUGGGAUGCGCAGGGUAAUGAGAACCCCAUCAACGCAGAGUGGACCCGCGAGAGUCAAGGAUGGCUCAACACUACAGAGCAGAAGCUCGCCGAUGCUGAGGUGCUCUAUCAUCAACAUACGCGGAACACCGUCUUCGACUACGCUCUCUUCAAUCAAGCACGGCAGCGGCUACACGACGCCUACGAGCACGAUACAUCGUUCGACAACAAUCUCCAUCUCCAAUUCCUCAUGGUCAAGCCUGAAUGGCAGAAAGGGCAUGGUAUAGGGCAUAGGUUGCUGCAGUGGGGUUUGGACGUCGCCGAUAAGGUCAAGCUGCCGGUCGUUAUCGAAAGCAGUCUUGCCGGGUACAACUUUUAUUUACGACACGGCUGCAGGCUGUUGAAGAUGAUCAGAAUUGACUUCGUGCCGGAGAAAGCGUAUGACAUGCCUGUAGUGGUAUACGACCCAAGGUAG